AUGUCGCGGAGAGUGCGGGAUUGGUGUGACGUAUGUCGGGAUACUGAGCCUGAUGUCAAAUGUACCAGUGAAGGCUGUGGAAGGAAAUUUCAUGAGUCCUGCCUAAGGACUUUGAAUCUGUGGGACCCGUCCACGAAGCGAGAUGAAUUCAUAUGCCCGGAUUGCAAAGAAGCUAAUGUGAACGACGGCACUUGUUAUAUAUGCAAGAAGGAGUUAUAUGUUUUGCCAAGCCCCAAGAAGAAGAAGCCGCAGUCAGUGAGAGAGGAGUUGGUUGCGGAAGAGGAAGAAGACGAGGAGGCGACGGAAGAAGAGAACGAAACCGGCGCAGUGCGACCUCGUAGAUCGAGUCGCCUAAAGGCUCACAAAGCGGCAGCCGCGGCGGCAGCCGCGGCGGCGGCGGAGGCGGCGGAGGCGGUGGACGUGAGUGAAAAAGGUCGCCGUGUAACGCGGCAGGAAGCGGAGAAUAUUGAAGGCAUUCUGUUGUGCGACGGCUGUAGUAACUCGGCGCAUAAAGAGUGCCUGGGAUUGGCUAGCGACGCGCUUAUGGAGGAUGACGAAUUGUGGUUUUGCACAGACUGUGACCCAAAUGGUGAAACGGCGCAGAAGAAGAAUGGGGCGCUCCCGACGGCGCCUCGGCCUUCGAAUGGUAGUAUUUCGCCCAAGUCUAAAUUAGGCGGGAACGUGGAUAUUUGUUACGUCUGCCAGAAGGGUGGUAAGUUGUUGGGCUGCGACUUUUGUGAGCAGUCCUACCACCCUCGUUGCAUUGACUCGGAGUACCUUGAAUUCGAGCAGCAGCCGAGUGAGGGUGGCGAUACGGAGGCGCCGGUGUCUGAGCGUUGGCGCUGUCCAUUGUGCAAGGGCGAGGACCCGCUGAAAUCGAUGAGUACUCGUCGGCUUUCGCGAACGGCCAUGUUGCGGAUGCAGAAGGAGAUGCAGACCUGCAUCCAGCAGCAGCAUCGGAACAGCAAGGCGAACCGCGACCGGUUUUUGUGGGCCUCCAAACACGCACUCAAGACCUUCAUGACGGAACGCGCCAUGAACCGUCUGAGCAAGAUGUUCGGCGGCACAGCGCGGAAACGUAUCGCCGAAAGCUCAGAUGAAACGGAGGACGAGUCCGGCUCCGUUGAUGGGGAGCAGUCUCGCGAAAUGCAGAAAUUAGAGUUGGAUGCCGUCAAGGCCUACCGGACGGCGCUCAAGUGCGCCAAGAACGGGUUGCUGAAGGAGGGCGUGCAACUGAAACCAUACCAAGUUGUCGGCGUGGGUUGGUUACUGCACUCAUUCUUCAACAAGGCCGGUGCCAUUCUCGCGGAUGAAAUGGGACUUGGAAAGACAGUACAGUGUCUAGGCUUCAUCAGUGCGCUCAAGGCGCAAGGCAUCACGGGCCCUCAUCUUAUCGUCGUCCCGCUCUCCACCGUGGGUAAUUGGGCGCGCGAAAUUCGGCGUUUCGUGCCGCAUUUGAAGUUUGUCAAGAUUUGCGGCUCCCGUUUCGAACGGGACCACAUCAUGGCCGAUUUUGUUGCCGCACAGGGUCUGCAUGACCUGUACAUUACGACCUACGAGACGGUCGUAACGGAAGAGUCUUUCUUCUGUGACAACUUCGAUUGGCAGUGUAUCAUUCUCGAUGAGGCCCAUCGCAUUAAGAACCAGACCGGGCGCAUCCGGCACAGUCUCGAUCGUGUUUCGGCCAACAUGCGGGUCCUCCUGACCGGUACGCCGCUCCAGAACAAUAUCAAGGAGCUGUUUACGCUGCUCAAUUUCCUCUUUCCGGAAGUUUUGGAGCAUAGCGACAACUUUGAAAAGGCUUUCCUAAAGGGACAAAUCAACAACCCAACGCCGGAGGAGCACAUCGAGGAGACCAUCGACAAGCAUGCGAUGGAUGCCGUGAGCCAUCUACUCUCGAAGAUGAUGCUGCGGCGCACUAAGGAUCUCGUGGUCCGCUUGCCGCGAAAAAUUGAGCAUGACAUUUGGCUACCUCUCUCGCCAACCUCUGCCUACUGGUAUAGUAAGCUACUUGAUGUCUCCGACCCGGACGUCGUCGACUCGCAGCCGACACCGCGGUUGUUGGGCACCGUCAUCAAGAUGCGCAUCUGCACUUGUCACCCGAAGGGACUCGUGACGAAGGACGAACAGUUCAAAAAGUUCAAGGAGAUGUUCAUCAACCACCCCGCCACUACGGACGAGGCAGGACAGGAGAUCGAACAGAAGGGCAGAGAGUUGAAGGCGUUGGCGGGGCUCGACCACAUCCGGGCCUCCUCGAAGCUCGUCACGAUGGACCGGUUGUUGUUGGAGCUGCAUUUGCAGAACAUGGACGAGAGCGCAUCCUACCGGCGCGCAUUUGAACAAAACCUGCGCGACUUGUAUGUCCAGGCGCACCCGUUGCCGCCGGUCGUGGCGGCCAAGAGCAAGCCUGUUGCGAAGCGGCGUGUCAAGAAGCUUGAGCCGGAAGCCGCCGAGGUGGUCAAGAGCGAGAAGAGCGAGACGGAUUCGGCUGCGCCGGCGGGUGAGGAGAAGUUGACGGCACGGCAGGUGGCGGAGAAAGCGCGUCGCGAGCGGCAGGCGCUUGCAACGUUGCAGCAGAAGGAGUUGAACGAGAAGUGCGAACUCGUUGUGCAGGAAACGAUCCGCGAAAUGGAGAAGUACCGGCAACACGAGGAAUGGUUGCGCGAGGCCAUGCUCCCAGGUCAGGUCAGCGACGCGCCCAUCCCGGUCGUCAAGGCGCUCCUCGACCAUGAGGAUGCCCUGGGUGACGAGACACCUUCGCACCCGGGCAUUACGCCCUCCACUCCCCGGAGCCAUACCGGAAUUGCGAGUCAGGAAGACGAGAAGAUGGACGCCUCUUCGGAACGGGUCGAGGAGUCGUUCGAACGCAUGGAGGAACCGUCGUCCGAGAGAAUUGAGGAAGAGGAGGUGGACGAGAAGAUGGUGGAGGAGCAGCCGACCUCAGAAAAAAUGGAGGACACGGUCUCCGAGAAGAAUGAGUCGCCUGACUUUCCGACGUCUAGUGAAGCGCACGAAACUGGAGAGGGUACAGUGCCAGGCGAGACAAUGGCGGGCGAGGAGACAACGGAAGAUGUCAUCCCGGUCGAAGACACCGCAGCACACAUGGACGUGGAGGCGACGCCUGUGCAGAUGGCGAAGCCCAUGCGGACAGAGGAGGCGAAGGUUGCGGCGAAGAGGAUUCCGCAUAAGGUGUUGGUCUUUACGCAAUUCCAAUUGGUAUUGGACGAAUUGGAAGCGUACUGUAAAUUCCGUGGGUUUAAGUAUUUGAGGUUGGAUGGUUCGACGAAUAAGAUGAUUCGCGAGUUGGACAUUCGCGAGUUUAAUUCGCCGGAUUCCAGUCACCUGGUGUACUUGAUUUGUACUCGUGCUGGCGGCGUAGGUAUUAACCUGGUUACGGCGAAUCAUGUGGUAUUGUAUGACGAGGAUUGGAAUCCGUUCCAGGACUUGCAGGCGAUAGAUCGGGCGCACCGUAUUGGUCAGAAGCGUGAGGUGCACGUCUGGAAGUUGGUGACAGAGUGGACUGUGGAGGAGCGUAUGGCGUUCCGCCGUUUGCAGAAGCUGCGGUUGGAUAAGUUGUUUAUCCAGGCGAAUAACGCGAACCAGCCGGAGCCGGACGAGGAGGGUGAGCAGGAGCACACGGAAAAGUUCAGCGUGGAUGAGAUCCGGCGGUUGUUGCGCUACGGCCGUGAGGCGAUAAAGGCGCAGGCGCAGGGGGCCGAGAACGUGGAGACCAUGUCGUUACAGGCGCUCAUGAACCGUCCGCGACGCGACCUGCCGCCCUUCGAAGACGGUUCGUUGAGUGACGUGAACGUCGUUGUGAGUGAGGAGGAGGAGGAACAUGUCGCGGUACCGGUGGACGCAGAAGGUGUGCCUGAGGGUUCGGAGAUCCCGACCGUGAACCAGUCGCGCGCGUGCACGUCGGCGGACGACGAGACGGUCGUGACCGAGGGGCCGGGGACGGACGGUCUCGGAACCGAUGGGUUGGGAGCCGAUGGGCUGGGGACAGACGGGCCGGGGACAGACGGGCCGGGCGAGCCGGAGGGCGAAGGCGUGGAAGAAACGCGGCCGGAGGGCAUCGACUUGGAGGAGGCGAAGCGGAGCCGGCGGUUACGGCGGCGUGUGUUGCUGAGUCAGGCGCCUGUUUCGCCGACGACUUCGAAGAGCAAGCAGGAACGGAAGGUGAUUCACGACAAGCGUUGUUUUCGUUGCGGUUGUGGGAACAACGCGAUGGACGAGAACGCGGACCCCUUGGUUGCGUGUCAUACGUGUCCUCGUGUGUACCACAUGAAGGGCUGUCUCGGGUUGGAUGCGCCGCCGCGGAAGACGUGGGUGUGGCAGCCAGGCGGGUGGGUUGUUGAUCCACUGCGGCGAGUGUCCGACGACCUUUUGUUUCGACUGUUUCCCACCGGAGUACAAACGUUGGCACCCGCCUGCGACGUACUUUAG